GGAGGGAGGAGGAAGAGGGAGGCGGAGGAAGGCCGAGGCCGGAGGCGGAGCACCAGCCUAGACGCGCGCGCCAGAGGCGGCGGCCCGACCCCGCACCGGUGCGGCGGCGGCGCUCUGGUUGGCUGGUCUCCUCCGUCCUCCCGCCGCCGCCCCCUCCUCCCUCCCACUCCCCGCCCUCCCCGCGGCUGGCGUAGAGAAAGUACAGUAAAAAGUCCAAGUGCAGCCGCUCGGCGCAAGAUGGGAUCCGGCUCCUCCAGCUACCGGCCCAAGGCCAUCUACUUGGACAUCGAUGGGCGCAUUCAGAAGGUGGUCUUUAGCAAGUACUGCAACUCCAGUGACAUCAUGGACCUGUUCUGCAUCGCCACCGGCCUGCCCCGGAACACGACCAUCUCCCUGCUGACCGCGGACGAUGCCAUGGUGUCCAUCGACCCCACCAUGCCCGCCAAUUCAGAACGCACUCCCUACAAAGUGAGACCUGUGGCCGUCAAGCAAUUGUCUGAGACGCAGUCCUGCCUGCUUUUUAUGGCUGGUGCAGACUACAGGAGGACCAGGGUCCGGUCACUCUGCCGAGAGACCUCUGAGAGACGGGUUAGUGGGAGCAGGCCAGGAAGGGAAGGAGCGUCUGAAGGUGGACAGGAAGACUCCAGGCCCUGGAGAGGCCUUAGCGUGCUGACGGUGGGCCCGAGGGUCCCUCCAGAGAAAGAAGAAUUAAUCCAGAGUGUGCUGACCCAGGUGGCAGAGCAGUUCUCAAGAGCAUUUAAAAUCAACGAACUGAAAGCAGAAGUCGCAAACCACUUGGCCGUGCUAGAGAAGCGAGUCGAAUUGGAAGGCCUGAAAGUGGUGGAGAUCGAGAAAUGCAAGAGUGACAUCAAGAAGAUGCGGGAAGAGCUGGUGGCCAGAAGCAGCAGGACCAGCUGUCCCUGUAAGUACAGUUUUGUGGAUAACAGCAAGAAACUGACAACUCGGCGUGAUGUCCCCACGUAUCCCAAGUACCUGCUCUCCCCAGAGACCAUCGAAGCUCUCCGGAAGCCCACCUUCGACGUCUGGCUCUGGGAGCCCAACGAGAUGCUGAGCUGCUUAGAGCACAUGUACCAUGACCUGGGCCUGGUCAGAGAUUUCUCCAUCAACCCCAUCACACUCAGGAGAUGGCUGCUCUGCGUGCAUGACAACUACAGGAACAACCCUUUCCACAACUUCCGGCAUUGCUUCUGCGUGACCCAGAUGAUGUACAGCAUGGUCUGGCUCUGCAGGCUCCAGGAGAAAUUUUCCCAAAUGGAUAUCUUGAUUCUAAUGACGGCAGCCAUCUGCCAUGAUUUGGAUCAUCCAGGGUACAACAACACGUACCAGAUCAAUGCCCGCACGGAGCUGGCCGUCCGAUACAACGACAUCUCGCCCCUGGAGAACCACCACUGCGCCGUGGCCUUUCAAAUUCUCGCCCAGCCCGAGUGCAACAUCUUUGCCAACGUGCAGCCGGACGAGUUCAAGCAGAUCAGACAGGGGAUGAUCACAUUAAUUUUAGCCACUGACAUGGCAAGACAUGCAGAAAUUAUGGAUUCUUUCAAAGAAACAAUGGAGAAUUUUGACUACAGCAAUGAGGAGCACAUGACCCUUCUGAAGAUGAUUUUGAUAAAAUGCUGUGACAUCUCUAACGAGGUCCGUCCAAUGGAAGUUGCGGAACCUUGGGUGGACUGCCUAUUAGAAGAGUAUUUCAUGCAGAGCGACCGCGAGAAGUCCGAGGGCCUUCCGGUGGCCCCUUUCAUGGACCGGGACAAAGUGACCAAAGCCACAGCCCAAAUUGGGUUCAUCAAGUUUGUCCUGAUCCCGAUGUUCGAAACGGUGACCAAGCUCUUCCCUGUGGUGGAGGAAAUCAUGCUCCAGCCCCUCUGGGAAUCCAGAGAUCGUUACGAGGAACUGAAGCAAAUGGAUGACGCCCUGAGAGAGAAGACAGAGAGCCUGACAUCCGGGCACACCGACCCGCCGAGAGAGGGAAGCAGAGAUGUGAGGAAAAGCGAAGAUAAUGCCAUCCUGAAUUGACGUCUCAGCGCAUAUGGCACAUCCUAUUUUUUAAUGGUUCAGAAGAGGGAUUGAGAUUGUUUUACUUGGCCUAAAUGUGUUCAACAGCGUGUGCGGUUUUUAAGCAUCGUCUGCACAUCAUCCUGGGACGUCUGACAGCACCUGCACAUUUUCAAUCCCCACAGCAGCUUUCUCCCUCUUCCUUUUCCAAGCAGACGGAGCCUGAAGACGGCAGGACAGUCCGGGCCGUGGUUCUGGACCAGGCUGGAGGAGCCGGAGCCUCGCGGGAGCCAACUGUGCAGGGAAAAGUUGACUCUGAGCGCCUACUCCGCCAAGACUGCGUUUUCUAAGAACUGUUUUGUUCACUGAUACAAAAAAAAAAAAAAGGAAUUCAUGAUGCUGUACAGAAUUUUUAUUUUUAAACUGUCUUUUAAAUAAUAUAUUCUUAUACAGAAACGGGUACUGUACUUUUUCUUUGGUAAUGCUGUGUAUCCCGGGGCUGCCUCUGAGAGUCCCCAGAGUGCCCCUCAGCUCUCCCGCAGAGACAAGGAACUGUGCUUUCCCCGCAGAUGUAUCUUAGAACAGUUUUCCAGUGUGAUGUGAUGCUCCAUAUCCCGUGUAAAUUCAAAUUAAAUCUCAGGCGGU